UGCGAGGUUAUCGCCGUUCUGCUCGUGCAGCUCAAGAAACGUUUUGCACUUGGCGUUUUGGGAGAGCGCUUUUGCCCCGACCCGCCCGCCACCCCGCACUCGCUCAGCUUCGUCCAAGGGCGUGCACCGCGUGCCGAGCAAUGGGCAAGAGAGCGCUGCUAGUAGCUCUGUGUGUCUGGAGCUACUGCCUCGCCGCUCUUUGCAGAGAGUCCCCCGCCUCCGGCAUCUCGCAGUCAAGUAGCAUCGCUGAAAAAAAGAGAGACUUCAGUGGUAUCAAGAGCAAGUUUUCUUUAAGGACAUCUAAAAACCCUUAUGAAGACACCUGCUACAUUGUUCCUGGACAAGAAGCGAGUGUAGCACAGUGCAAUUUUAAUCUAACUACUAAAACCUUUAUGGUUAUACAUGGAUGGACGGUGACAGGCAUGUUUGAGAGCUGGGUUUCCAAGCUGGUAAAGGCACUCUACACGAGGGAACCCUACUCCAAUGUCAUUGUUGUGGAUUGGCUGUCUCGAGCCAGCCUACAUUAUCCAGUAGCUGCUGCUUACACAAAGGUGGUGGGAGAAGAAGUUGCCACACUGAUUGACUGGAUGGAGGAGCAAUUCGGUUACUCUGUGGACAAAAUCCAUUUGCUGGGAUACAGUCUUGGUGCUCAUGUGGCUGGUGUUGCCGGAAGUCUGACCAGCAACAAGAUUAAUAGAAUCACUGGUUUAGAUCCUGCUGGACCACACUUUGAAUAUGCAGAUGCAUCUCUACGCCUUUCCCCAGAUGAUGCUGUCUUUGUAGAUGUCUUGCACACUUAUACAAGAGGGACCCCAGAUCGCAGUAUUGGAAUACAGAAACCUGUUGGGCACAUUGAUAUCUACCCUAACGGAGGUGGCUUCCAGCCAGGUUGUAAUAUAGGAGACGCCCUGCGCAUGAUUGCAGAAAAAGGGAUUCAUAAUGCAGACCAGCUGGUAAAAUGCUCUCACGAACGUUCCAUCCACCUCUUCAUUGAUUCCCUCUUAUAUGGAGAAAAACCAAUAAUGGCAUACCGCUGCAACUCUAAGGAAGCAUUUGAGAGAGGGCUCUGCUUGAGCUGCAGAAAGAACCGCUGCAAUAAUUUAGGCUACCAGAUCAAGAGGGUGAGAAACAAGAGGAACAGCAAAAUGUAUCUGAAGACACGAGCACAAAUGCCUUACAAAGUUUUUCAUUAUCAAGUUAAGAUCCACUUCUUUGGAAAUACAAAUUUCACCAAGAAAAAUCAGGCAUUCCUUGUGUCUCUGCAUGGCACGAAGGAUGAAAGCAACAACAUUGCAGUUAUACUGCCUGAGAUCUCUGCAAACAAAACUCAUUCUUUCCUGAUAUGUUCAGAGACUGAUAUUGGAGACCUCCUUAUUGUGAAACUGCGGUGGGAGAGCGAUUCCUUUUUCACAUGGUCAGAUUGGUGGAAUACUCCUGAGUUGCGCAUCCGGAAGGUCAGAGUCAAGGCUGGAGAAACUCAGAAAAAGGUGGUGUUCUGUGCUCCUGAAGGAUUCUCUGAUCUCAAAAAAGGAGGCGAUUUUGUAGAAUUUAUGAGAUGCCUUGGAAAACACCCGAAUGAUAUAGAGUCCUUGUAAGAACAUUGCAGUUACCACACCAGGGGAGCAAGAGACAACACAUUUCCUUAGAAGACUAAAAGCUCUUUGAAGAUUAAAAGUGAAUGAAGAUGUUCAGAAUCCCCUGUAUGCAAACUGCUCAGGACCGAAUACAUUGAAAUAUUUCAUCAGACUUCUGGAAUAUUGUCGGCUGUACUUAUUCUAGGGUGGUUUUGCACCGAUUCACCUCUCAGCUGAUGGUACCAAAAUAGGGUUGGGGACAUGAAGCUGAUUGUACAUCCAGCUGCAAGCAAUCUAGUUCAGAAGAGCAUUCAGAUGCAUCCCAUCAAGAAAGGGACAUGCACACAAAAGACAACUCCUACAAGCAUAUCUUCUUAUUUGAAUCAGGGUAUAUUUGUAUCAUCUCAGCGUACAAGGGACAUUAGCCAACAUAUCAGUCUUGUUUUGUUUUUUAAAGCAAGAAAAUGUUCACAGAUACAUUAUGGGGACCAACAUACAACAGUUCUCAUGCCAUCUUUUAACAAAUUUCUUGAUUUUUAUAACAAGUGUGUGUUUAUGUGUGUGUGAAAAUACUAUUUAUUUAAAAAGCAACAUGUUUGGGCUUUCUAAGAUUAAAAAAUAACUUAGAACUCGGCAUUUUGCUGGGCAAUGUUUAUUUGGUUGGUUCAUCUGUUUUCGCACCCUUUCCUGGCUGAAGCUCAGUUUUUCUCUUAAAUUGCUAGGUAGAUAGGCUUCACUUAACAUAUGCUUCCUAAGAUAAAACUCUUACCUAUACAUAAACAGAGCGUUUUUUUACAGAUUUUGAAAGAUUCCAGGCUAUUUUCUUGAAAAUACUUAGAUUUUAGGAAUCACUUACUAAUCUAUGCUGUUGUUCUAUAACAGUACAUUUUCUAGAAGAGAAACAACCACUUUCCAGUGCAUCAGUACUAAAAAAAAAAAAAAAAGUAAUCUCUGAUACUGUACCAAAUCAUCAACCACUAAAAAGUAGCCACUGCCUGUUCAAGAGUGUCAGGGAAGUUACAUUUCCAUAAUAUUUUUCAGAUAGAGUGCUGCAACAUUACCGUACCUAGCCUUGGACAACCAUUCUUACUGAGUUCACUAUUACUUCCAUAAAUCCAAAUCUCAACAUGAAGGACCUCCUCUUUCUGAUACUGGUAUUUCUGAUGUUAAGAAUAGAAACUAUUAAUUGUUCAGCAGUAAAUGAUGGAACCUGAAAAUAAAGUUUGUCUGAUGCAAUAAAAAUUAGCAAAAUGCAAAAAAAUACACACUUUCACAAUAAGUGCAGUCAUGAUAAUCUUUGAAUCAGUCAUGAACACAUGGAAGAAAUAUUAAAAGGAUUUUUAGACUUGUUAACAUGAUAAAAAUAAUUCACUAGUUGCCUUACCAUUUUAACCAGAAACCAAAACUUGCAAAGUUUCAAUAUAUCAUGUGUGUAGUAUUUUAAUAAGUUGUACACUUAAGUAACAGAGUUGUAUUUGUGCAAAAACAUGAAAGUGAGCAUGCCAGAAUUUAUCUAUUGGCCUUCUGUAUCUGUUUGGCUAACUGCCAUUCAGCGCUUAUUGUAGCAAAUGAUUCAUCACGAAGUGUGUGUAUGUAACAUACAGUCCAAUAUUUUAGAAGUGUAACACACAGGAAUCUGCAUCCUUUAUUUUUCAAAAUAGUCAAGAAUGCGCAACCAACAUUCCAACCACACAAAGUUCAGGCACGAUAAUUUCAAGUUUAUAACUCGGCACUGAAGGAGAUCUGUAAAAAUGACCCAUAGUUAAUUUUUGAUUUCCAUUUGAGUUCUCCUACUUUAGAAUUAAGUUGCAUUAUGAAUUGCACAUUAUAAUACAUGAUCAAACAAACCACAGCACUUGAUUGCCAAAUGGUGAAGGAUUUUUAUAUGUGAGAAAAUAUAUCUUUGAAAGUUCCUAUUUAUUACCUGUAAAAUACAUGUGUGUAUAUAUGUGUGUAUGUGUAAAAUUUUGUAUAUAUUGCUAAAGUUAUCAAGGCUAUAUGCAUUUAUAUAUUUCUCUGACUUAAUUUUUGUAAAGUGCUUUCAGAAUGAGAAUCAAUUGUAUGUUACAUUAAAAGUUGCAACAAUAUAAACUA